UUUGACAGCACAACAAACUCUCUCAAGUUUACGUGCAUUAUAUUUUUAUUUGUCCGGUGACGUAUUCCUCAACUUAGUUACUUGAAGAUAUUCUACUUGAAAAGUUUAUUAUUACAGAUUGAUAUUAAAAUGCAUCUGUGGUUUCUCUGCGCGUCUGUUAUUCUGGUGCCUCUGCUCUGCGAUGCGCGUAUCUCUAAGCGUUAUGUGAUCGGCUGUCCGGAGCGCUGCGAUAAGAGUCUGUGUCCGCCCAUACCGGCCGACUGUCUGGCCGGAGACAUCCUGGACCAGUGCGACUGCUGCCCGGUGUGUGCGGCCGGCGAGGGUGAGCCCUGCGGCGGUACAGGGAAACUGGGAGACCCGGAGUGUGGAGAGGUUCUGGAGUGCGCUGUGUCUGAGGGGGUCGGAACAACAACUACCGUGAGGAGGAGAGGAAAGACCGGCGUGUGCGUGUGUAAGAGCCCCGAGCCCGUCUGCGGCAGUGAUGGGGUGUCCUACAGGGACAUCUGCGAACUCAAGAGAGUCAGUAACCGGGCACUAAAACUCCAGCAACCACCCAUCAUCUUCAUCCAGAGAGGAGCCUGCGGGAAAGGCCAUGAGGAUAAUCCAGAUAGCCUCCGGCACAGAUAUAACUUCAUCGCUGAUGUGGUGGAGAAGAUCGCUCCAGCUGUGGUUCACAUUGAGCUAUUCCGCAAAAUGAUGUUCACCAAGCGGGAAGUGGCGGUUGCCAGCGGCUCUGGUUUCGUGGUGUCUGAAGAUGGCCUGAUUGUAACCAAUGCCCACGUGGUAGCCAACAAACACCGGGUGAAGGUGGAGCUAAAGACCGGCGCCACCUAUGAAGCCAAAAUCAAAGAUGUAGAUGAAAAAGCAGACAUUGCCCUCAUCAAGAUAGACGCUCCGAUGAAACUCCCAGUGCUGUUGUUGGGCCGGUCAGCUGACCUGAGACCAGGCGAGUUUGUGGUCGCUAUCGGCAGUCCGUUCUCCCUUCAGAACACAGUGACCACAGGCAUCGUCAGCACCACCCAGAGAGGGGGCAAAGAGCUGGGCCUGCGAAACUCUGACAUGGACUACAUCCAGACAGAUGCCAUCAUCAAUUACGGUAACUCAGGAGGGCCCCUGGUGAACCUGGAUGGUGAAGUGAUAGGAAUCAACACGCUGAAGGUGACAGCAGGAAUAUCCUUCGCAAUUCCUUCUGACAAGAUCCGACAGUUCCUGGCCGAGUCUCAUGACAGACAGGCUAAAGGAAAAACAGCCACAAAAAAGAAGUAUAUUGGUGUAAGAAUGAUGACAUUAACCCCGAUACUUGCUAAAGAGCUAAAGGAAAAACAGAGUGAUUUCCCAGAUGUCACCUCUGGAGCAUACGUCAUUGAAGUUAUCCCCAAAACACCAGCUGAAGUUGGCGGUCUGAAGGAGAGUGACGUCAUAAUCAGCAUUAACGGUCAGAGGAUCACGUCAGCAAGUGAUGUCAGCACGGCUAUCAAGAAAGACGACAGUCUGAGAACAGUGGUACGACGCGGCAACGAAGACGUCAUUCUCACAAUCAUUCCUGAAGAGAUUGACCCUUGACCUCCCUCAUGCUCACCCAUGAGCUGGUUCUCAGACUUUUACUGAGUGUGUGUCCGGAGCCACACUCCUUCUAGAAGCCAUAGUGAACACUUUCCAGUCCAACCAUCAUCCAACCUGAAUAUUGUUCUCCGCUUAGAACAGGAAAUGUACUUUCUCACUUUAUUUCCCCAAGUUAUUUUCUGUUCAUUCAUUAGCAUACCAUGUUAGAAUGAGCCCUUUGUAAAUAGAUACGUGAAUUUUAGUGCUGGUUAGUUCACUAACACUCUGAAAUGUAUAUAAUUAUGCUGUUCCAAAUCCUAGUAAGCUGCCUAAGCUUGUGAUGAGCAGAAUGAUUCCAUUCAAGAUGGUGAAUGAAGCAGAUUAUAAUCUUAUAUUUUAUUCAUUACUGAAAAAAUAUCUACUAAAACAAUUCAGUGUAAUUAAAAAUAGUUUUACCCAAUUUUAUGUGUGCAAUUUAUUUUUAUGCCUCCCUUAUGAACAUUAACCAUGGUUUUAUUAUAUUAAAAGUGUAGUAACCAUGUUUUUUUGUUUGUUUGUUUUUUUGGUAGACUGAUUACCAUUUGUACAACCACAGUUUUACUACAAAUACCAUGGUUAAAUUAUGGUUAGUGUAGCAAAACCAUAAUUAAUUUGUGGUUACCAUGGUUUAACUACAGUACAAUAACCAUGUUUUUUUGGUUUUAUUUUUAGUAAAAACCAUGGUUCAUUUUCGUAAGAAUUAAUCGAAUAGUACAUUUAUGUUGUGUAGAUGUCUUUUGAUGUGCACUUUUCAUCUGGUUUCAUCUGCAAUACGUCUGUCUCUAAAAUGUUUCCUGUCAGAUGUUAAAAAUGACAUGUAGAAAAUGUCUUGAUGUUUAUGGUUUAGAAUGUACGAAAAGAGGUGUGUGUUAUCUGGACAGAGUAUUAUGCUGUUAGAUUAGCAAAAUGCUAACAGCUAACUGCUGAAAUCUGUUGUGAGUCCCCGUGAGGGAAACCGCAUGCAGAGUUGCUGCCUAUGUGUUUUCAAAAUCGGUCAUGUAUGGCGGGUAGUGCACUAGGUUUUGGAACAGACCUUAUAUUUCGUCCUUAUGUAGCCUAUACAUCAGCAAAGCAUCAUGAAAUUUAGUUGUCUGAAUUCAGCUUUCUACAUAUUUUUUUAUAUUUACACUCAGAUCUCAAACUUGACAUUAUUUGAAACAGAAUUGUGGGCCAUUAGAUGAUGACUAUUAUCUUGGAAUACCUUAUUUUCCUUAAAUGUGUGUCUGUGUUUGUCAGACGGCAAUUUCCGAAACGAAAUUAAAGAAGGUUAACGUUUUUAAA